GAAUACAAGCAAUCGGGCAGCGGCGCGAAACGAACACGAGCUGGCUCGGUUGGAGGGGCUCGACGUGGCGGAAGAAACUGACAUCAUUGCGCGCUGCCGCCGCUGCACGCAUUCAUGUUUCUCGAGUUGAUCGUGAUUAUUGCAAAAACACGAUGUUUGUUAAGUGACAGUAACUAUUUAGUUAUUCAAUAAUGUAGAGUUACGAAAACAAAUAAAGAGUGAUCUCAAAAUACCGCCAAGGUGCACGUUUUAUCCGCGUAUAGUUAAAAACAAUUAGCUUGAGUUAUAUGAUUGUGUAGAUACAAAAUAUGCUUAAUUGCCGCGGAAGACGAGGUAGAUAGAAUGGCAAGUGAUGGAACUUCGAGCAUUGCCAUGGAGCCGACGAGCUUGGAGUAUAUGGAAGAUCCUUAUUUCGUGCCCCCGGAUGAUGAUUCCACACCGAGUUUUGACGUUGCCGUGGACGAGCUGGAUGAAUUAGAAGAGUUGCCGAGCUGGCCACAAAAUGACCCUGACGCGGACUGGCGCAUGCUGCCAGACCUCGCAGACUCCGCUCUAUGCAUUGAAACUGAAUUCUACGUCGACAAUCGACGUCGUCGUCUUAGAAUAUUUAGAAAGAAAAUGCGAGAAGUGCGAGUAACAUUUCAAGAUCUAUCAAAGCCGUAUCUUGCCAAGAUGUCCAGUCAUACAAACUACAAGAAAUUCUUAGGUAUCGCAGUUGGAGCUGAAGAAGCGAUGGCGGGCGCCGGCGCGGCAGGUGAUGUGCACACGCCCGACGAGCUGGCGGGGCUUACACCCGAGCAGGCGGAGCAGCUCCGCGCUGAGUGGAGCCGGGAGCUCGCCCGCGUCGAAGACGAGAUCGCUACACUGCGCACUGUCUUGCAAAGCAAGAUCCGUCAGAGCUCCGAAUUAAAACGAAAACUUGGCAUAACUGUGUGGAAAGAAAUUACUGAAGAUGUUAAUCAGGGUUUAAAAAAUGUAAAAGAAAGCCAAGUCUAUCAAACUAUAGAAACUCGCGUGGCUGCGCUUACACAGGCUGUGACUGAAGCACCAAUAUACCAAAAAACUGAAUCUGUGAUAAAAUCGACUGCUGAGAAGACAACCUCGAUCCUCGGCGGCAUCACUGCAGGAAUGACGACUAAGAUUGGUCAGAUGCGAAACUCCGAGUCGUUCCGCUCGAUCGAAGAACGUGUUGGCACGGCAUACGAAAAUGUUAAGGGCAAAGUGACGUCCAGAUCGAAUUCAACGCAGAGCUUCGACGAAGCCCUGCGCGACGCCAGCCGCGCGGCGAGCGGCGCCACGUCGCCCACCAUCCCCGAGAACAAGCCUCUGCCCUAAGCGCCCCGCGCCCACGCCGCCACACGUGCCUGCGACACCUGACGGCCUCUGUCGGCACUAAUACCACGAAUAUUGCAUACAAUCCCGUAAUGCACCCUUAUUUAAACUACAAACACCAUUUUAUACGUGUGCUAUUAAAUAAUUUGAGUACUUACUAUAAAAUGUUUAUUAUGUAUACCGUGUUCUUACACGGGAUACUCUUUUGUUUGUUAAUAAGGUUAUUGAAUCAUUAUUCACAAUAUUUAGUUAGUUAUUGGUUGGGGAUAAAAGCCGUUGGAAUUUAUGAAUGUGUGGAAUUUGCAAUUUUGAUUUCGCAGUAGCAAAAUCGAAAUAAAUGCAAUGACGGAUAUGCGUGGUGUGUCUUUCACUGACAAAUAUAUCGCUGGAUUGUUUGUUAUCUGAAAUAUUGUGUUGUGGCGAAUACGUUUAUAUCAUGUUCUUCUCUGUAUUGACUGCGGCGUGGUGAAUCCUUACUCGUUAAUUUAAGACACUGCUCGUUAUCGCUUAAUAAUGUAUCUCUUGUUCGUUUGUCUGUGUCUUAAGGUUUAGCAUUCCAAACAUUGAUCCCUCAUGAAAUUGAUUAUACAAGGUAUUAAAGACAUUUUAAAAUUGUGUAUUCAAUGCUUAAACUCAGUAUUUGUACAAUGUAAAGAGGAAACGUUGAUAUGUUCAUGUUAUAAAUGUUAAAACACAAUUUUGUAAAUCCUUAUUACGUGUAUAAUGUUUGUAAGACACAAUAACUUGCCGAUGCCUGUUAGGUCCAUUAUUACUAUAAAAAUGAUAUUUUUAUAAGAUGCUUAGCUUUCCUUACUUAUAAAAAAAUCAACUAUUUACAAUACCUCUAAAGACGGUAAAUAAAAAUUUAUGUAUUGA